UUCCUCGAUUUCAUUUUAUUUUUCGGCGUGACGAGAAAGGGCGGCUUGCUUUUUGCAUCCUGGCUGUGAAUCUUGUGACCGUUUUGCCCCUGAGAGCCACUAUAUAAGCCCCUCUACCGCAGCACAUUGCUUCACACAACACAGUCGAUCGCGUACUCUGAUCUGACCGGUCGCGCCAAACCGAGCUCUAGCAUCAGCUCGUCGGAGUUCGCACCGGUCGACUCAGAACUCUUCACCAAUGGCCGCCGUCCAGGUCCAAGCCGCAACCCACGCCAUGCCCGUCGAGGAGGCUCCGGCGCCGGCGGCGGUGGAGGCUGUCGAGACGGCCGCGGUGGCGGUGGAGGCUGUCGAGCCGGCCGUCGUCGUUGUCGAGGAGACUACGGUGGCAGCGGUGGAGAUUGUCGAGCCGGCUGUCGCCACAGUCGAGGUGGCAGCGGUGGAGGCUGUCGAGCCGGCCGUUGUCGCUCCCCAGGAGGCCGUGAAGGAGGAAGCUGCUGCACCGGCCGUGACCGAGCUGGCGAAAGAGCCGGAGGCAGUUCCAGCAGAGACCAAAGAGGCCGAGCCCGAGGCAGUCCAGCCGGUCGUCGCCGCUGAGGAGGCCCCUGCUGCGCCGGCAGUGGUCGAGACCAAAGAGCCGGAAGCUGCCCCUGCCGAGGGAACAGAGACCGAAGUGGUGGAGCGUGAGGCGGCACCAGCUGAGGUCGAGACCAAGGAACCAGAGCAAGAAGCUGCUCCAGCUGAGACCGAGACCAAAGAGGCAGAGCCAGCCGCUGCCGAGGCUGAGGCCAAAGAGCCGGUGGCAGAGGAGACACCGGCCGAGGAGGAGGCCGCUGCCCCAGAGGCCGUUGUGGCAGUGCAGGAGGAAGCAGCAACUGCCGAGGCACCAGUGGAGGCUGCCGUCGCCGUCGAGGCAGCACCGGAAGAGACAGAAGCACCAGCUGCUGCUGCUGCCGAGGCAGAGGCUGAGGCCAAAGAGCCGGUGGCAGAGGCGCCGGUCCAGGAGGAGGCAGCGCCCGCAGCCACCGCCGCCGAAGCGUCGUCAGUGCAGGAGGAGGCAGCACCGGCCGAGGCACCUGCGGAUGCGCCCGCGGCCGCCGAGGCGGUGCCGGCAGAGGCACCAGCUGCUGCCGCCGACGCCGACAAGGCCACCGAGUGAGUUGAUGCGCGCGGGUGCGAUCGUGCCCCGUGAGCUAGCCUUUGCCUGGCUUCCGUGCGCGUGUCCUGGCAUGCCAUGGCACCGUACCCAGUUCGUUUAUUAUUGGAUCCGUAUGUGUAGGCGUAUUUCGUGAGUGGUCGUCGUCGUCGUCGCCUGGGUGCAUUGUACGUGACGUAGCUGCGUACAAGGUCUAGCUAGCAGUCGUAUGUGUGUCGUACUCAGGUGGUCUCAAUAAUGAGUCUGUGUCUUGCGUUCCGGGUCCCACUGUCAGUGAUGUCAUGGCGUCACUGGCUUUGGAGCCUAUUUUUCGUCUCCUUUUUCUUGGUAUUUCCGUUGGUUAAUAUAUAUGUGUAGCUAUUUGUUUGUGUACUGUGUUGGUACUAAAGAAAGCGUGUGAUUUGUGUAA